AUGGAGUGCCCUCCGGGGCGCCACGCGCCGGCGGCGCACCCGGGCCCCGGCGCCCCGAGCGGCGAGGCGUCGCAGCGGCGCGCCUGGAGCCGCAAGGAGGACGACGCCAUCGUGCGCCUCGUCAUGACGCACGGCACGAAGCGGUGGGCCGUCAUCUCCCAGGAGCUGAACAAGGAGCUGGCGGGGUUCCGGUCCGGCAAGCAGUGCCGCACGCGCUGGCUCAACCACCUCGACCCCGCGAUCAAGCGCGAGCCCUGGAGCGAGGGCGAGGAGUCCGUCAUCUACGAGGCGCAGCACCGGCUGGGCAACAAGUGGGCCGAGAUCGCGAAGCUGCUGCCCGGGCGCACGGACAACGCCAUCAAGAACCACUGGUACUCGACCAUGCGGCGCAACAUG